AUGCGUGUGCUUGCCGCUAUCCUCAUACUCGCGUGGUCGUGCCGUGUGCGCGCAUUCCAACAGACAAUCACGUCACGUGUGCUACAUUCAAUCGUAGGCGAUGCAACAAACACACCUGUGCGACGCGUUUUAGAUUGUACUCGCGAACUAGGUGUAGCGAAAUGCUUAAACGCUUUCAGUCUGUGGCGGGCAGAAAAGGCUCUCACGACUUUUGCAGGAGAUAAUAACGCAUUGUUCAAUUUGACCGAGGAUAUACAAGGGUUUUCUUGGAAGGCAUAUAAGAAUUGGUCCGAUGAUGAAUUGUAUUCGCAACUUUGUGACGAUACCAAGCAAUUGUUGCAGUAUCGUACUAUGUUAUUUAAUGUUCCCGGCUACAAGUUUGAGUUGGGAUCAAAAGGCAACGGAACGCUGAACAUCGAUGUGAUUUCAAAUAACGACGGAGAAUCAGGCCGCGGUAUGAAAAAAAUGCAAAAAAAAUUCUACAAAAUAGUACCUUUUCUAUUGUUGCCGGGUCUUCUCAUGUCGGCGGUACUGCCAUUUGUCUUGCCAGCAUUAAAAAUGAUGACCGUUGCUGUCGGGAUUUUGAAUAAUAUGGCAUUAACUGGCGCUGUUUUCACACUUCUCAGGAACAAUGCAUUUAAUGACAGAUAUGAGCACAAAGUUUUAUAUGUUAACGAAGGCUACAAGAACGAGAAGCGUGCCAAAGUAAAUCUAAAACCAGAACAUCACGUGCACGACGAUGUUGAAUACGAUAUACCAGAAAAGUCAGAAUAUCAGGAAGAAUAUGUUAUUGAAAAUGAUAAUCAUCACUUCGCUCAUGAACUAAAUUCAGAUUGGAUUAAAGAUUAUUAUGGCGAUAGAUUCGUAAAAAUUGAAUCUUAA